AUGUCAUUGCAAAACACGCUUUCUUCAAAUAUAUCAGAUUAUUUGUCUCAGCAACAACAACAACAACAGCCAUCAUUAUCUCUAAAUAACAACAAUAUCCAUAAUGAAAAUAUACAAAAAGUAAUACCAUCAGGUUUGGAUUUACCGAAUAUUGUUUUAAGCAGAAAUUCUCUAACAAACACAUCUAUACGUAGAGUCUCAAAAUUGAAUCAAGCAAUUAAAAGUAAUAGCAUAAAUAAAACAAGUGGAACAAAUGUUCAACAGGACCCAAGAUCCCCGUUAGUUAUUUUAAUUCCAACAAAUUCACAACCUACCGAUAUUCUUGCGGCUAGAUUCAAUGCAUGGAGAAGUAUUAUUAAAUCAUUGAUUGGAUACUUAACAGAGUUUGCAUCUGUGCAAGAUGAAAUUGUCAGGCACAAUUUAAGGUUGCUACAGGCAAUCAAUUUCCCAUUUUUCACUAUAGAGAAUCAAUAUCAACCAGCUCAACAAAAUGAUAAAGUAUUACAAAACUUUUUUAUACCAUUUGGCAAUGGUUCAAUUCAAGAUCUGCCUACAAUUUUGACCAAAUAUCAUAAUUCAAUGGCUGCAUUCGCAUUGAAGGCAUCUAAAGAGCUGACUUCUGAUUUAAUACCGAGACUAGAAGAUCUAAGAGGAGAUUUAUCGGUGAAGAUAAAAGAAAUCAAGUCAUUAGAAUCUGAUUUUAAAAAUACAUGUGAUAAGCAACUGCAUAUAACAGCAAAUUUGUUAAAUAAAUUUGAAGAGUCGAUUGACGAUUGCAAAUUUGGUAACACUAAAAAAAUGAAUGAUCCGUAUUUGAAUAAAAUCAUUUUAGAUAGGCAAAUAAAAAAGCAAUUGACAGAAGAAAAUUUUCUUCAUGAAGCUUACAACAAUUUAGAGAAUUCAGGUUUAGAACUAGAGAAAGUUAUUGUAAUGGAGCUUCAAAAUGCGAUAACCAUUUAUGCAAGAUUAAGUGGACAAGAAUCACAGUUAGUGUUUGAUAAAUUAAUAACAACACUGGAUUCCAGUAUUUUAUCACAAGACAUUGGUUUUGAAUGGGAAAACUUUAUUAAUUCAAAUUUGAAUAACUUCAUUAUACCAAAUUCACCAAUGAGAAAAUUUAACGAUAUAAGUUACAAAAAUAUGAACAAUCCACUUAAUAAUGAAAUAUUCUCUGCAUUUUUUGAUAAACGUUCGAAAUAUCUAAAAAAUUACUCUAUAAGUUGUUUUGUAUUAUCUGGCAGUUAUCUUCAUGAAUUUAAAACAGCAGAUAGGAAAAAAGAUUUAAUCCCAAUGAGCUCAAUUCCAUUAAAUGAAAUCAUCUCAGUGGAGAGUAACGACAUUAACAAUAAUAAGAAAAGUAAACCUAGCGGACAUGGUUAUAAAGUUACAAUCCAAUGCACAAAUAACAGUUUAAUCAACAGAAGAACGAAUAUUGUAUUAAAAACAGAUUCAUUGAACACAUUAACCACAUUUUACAGGCAUCUUAAAAAUCUAAUCAGUAUGUCCAACGAUUAUAAGAAGAAAUGUCAAUAUUGCUUGGAUAAUACUACUGAAGCAUCCUCAUCAUCACCUCUGUCAAAAUUCAACACCAAUGAAAACACCAUUGACGUAUUAAAAUCAACAUCAACAGAUAAUACAACAAGAUCAAGGACAUUACAAAAUAAAGAUCUCCAACCAACAAUUACCAAUGAUAUAGUCAAUGAUGUUGACCCGGAUACUAGCAUUCCAAGACUCGAUAAUCAAACAAACACCAUAACAACAACAUCAUCAAUACAAGAUAUUAAUAACGAUUCGCAAUUAAAAGCAAAUAUACCAUCGAACAUCUAUAUUAGGAACAUGGAUGACACGUCGACUAUCAAUAAUAAAUAA